AUGCAAGACCACUGGGGGAAAUUGCCACAGAGAAGUUCCUAUGGGCACACUGAGCCUCAUGCUAAGGUCACAGUGUAUGCGAGUUUGUACCAAUGGCAAGGUCUAACCUCCUUCCCCGCGGGUAGAACAUCCCAUUGCGCAGAACCAUGA